UUUUCUAUCAUAAGGACUCCGUCUGAUUGCAUAAGCUUCCUAGCCAGCCAUCUGCUUGAGUUUGGUUUAAACAUUUUGUUCUGUUAUUGUUGUUUAUUAUUUUUUUAACGACGUUGAUAUGAAAUAAAGAGCGCGUGUCACUGCUGUGCUGUGUGGAGCACCAAUCAGCCACAGAUUGUCAUAAUGCUGGCUCGCAAAGGCCUUUUGCCUGAUGGUUUCCUUCUGACGCGACUCGCUGAAGAUGCCACACAACCCAGUCGCCUCCGGCCAAAGUCACAGAGGGCACGUUUCAUCACCAAGAGUGGGUCGUGUAAUGUUGCCCACAAGAAUAUACGAGAACAGGGCCGGUUUCUUCAAGAUGUUUUCACCACCAUGGUGGACCUGAAAUGGCAGCAUUCCCUGCUCAUCUUCACUUCGGCCUUCCUCUGCUCCUGGAUGCUCUUUGCUAUGGUGUGGUGGCUCUUAGCGUUCGCUCACGGCGAUCUGGAACCUCGAGAUCCCAAUGAGCCCGGACCUGUGCCGUGUGUCACCUCCAUUCACUCCUUCACCUCUGCCUUUCUGUUCUCCAUUGAGGUGCAGGUGACUAUUGGAUUCGGAGGACGAAUGGUGACGGAGGAAUGUCCGCUGGCCAUCAUAGUCCUCAUUAUCCAGAACAUUCUGGGCUUGAUCAUCAACGCCAUCAUGCUGGGCUGUGUAUUUAUGAAGACAGCUCAAGCCAACCGGAGAGCAGAAACUCUCAUCUUUUCACGUAAUGCAGUCAUUGCACCAAGGAAUGGCCGACCCACGUUCAUGUUCCGUGUCGGGGAUCUGAGGAAGAGCAUGAUCAUCUCAGCCACCAUACAGCUGCAGGUGAUUCGGCGUACAGUGACUGCAGAGGGUGAGGUGAUUCCUGUCUGUCAGCUUGACAUCCAGGUGGAAAACCCUCUCAGAAGCAACGGCAUAUUCCUUGUCUCUCCACUUAUAAUCAGUCACACCAUUGAUAGAGGAAGUCCAUUGUACGAGGUCUCAGCACAGUCUCUGGCUACAGAAGAUAUCGAGAUAAUUGUCAUUUUGGAAGGUGUUGUAGAGACCACUGGCAUCACAAUGCAGGCCCGAACAUCCUACACACCAGAGGAGAUCUUGUGGGGUCGGCGUUUCGUUUCUAUUAUGACGGAAGAGGAUGGACGCUACUCUGUCGAUUACUCCAAAUUUGGAAAUACUGUUCCUGUCCGGAUGCCAGCUCUCAGUGCUAAGGAGCUGGACCAGACCAGAGGUGUGCAAGACAGUGGACCCCAUGAGGGUAAACCUCAAGGCUGGGGGCUGGUGAGGGCGGGACGAGGGGGUUACAGGAGGGGUGGCGGCAGGGCCUGCGAUGACACAGCAGCCAAACCUUGGUACGUGCCAGCGGAAAAAGAGGAGGAGAAGAAGGGUCACAAGAAAACGGUGAAACUUGAGGAAAUAGGCAGAGAGAUCGAAGAAGAAACAGUGGAGGACAUGAGUGAUUAGAACAAAAACAUUUAUUAGAUUUUUUCAGAUAUGGAAGUAGAAAUAACAUAGCAGUUACUGGCAACUAGUUCACUGAAAGAAGUAGUUUAGCAAAAAAUCUACAUUUUGUUAUUAUUUUUUCACCCCCAUGUCAUUCCAAUAUUGUAAGACUUGUAUAUCUUCUCAAGACUUGGAUUAAACCACUAAAUCCAUACAUGUAUUUGUUUUACAGCAUCUUUUGAACCUUUUUUGAUCUUUUACAUUUUCAUUACCUGGACUUUCAGGGAAUGGACAGAAAUAUUUUAAAUAUUUUAUCAUUUGUGUAUCAAUAGUCUUUUGGGUUUGGAACAACAUGUGGGUGAGGAAAUAAUGACAGAUUUAAAUUUUUAAUAGUCAAGAAUGUUAUAAAUUAUAGUCUCAAAUAGGUUUUAUACUACCCAUGUUUCGUAAAUUGUCAAAACAUGGACAACUGCGGCAUUGUUUACGAUUACCUCUAAGAAUUUCUUCUAGAUUUUGUCCUUUUCUUCCAGCAAUAUAAUACAUUUGAGGAUUGUGGUAAUGUGGUAUCUUGGCAGUACUGGUCAAGAUAUGGACCAUUAAGGUAGAUGCCAUAAUUUGUUCAGUGAGAAUUAAUAGCAGGCUGUGGGGUAGAAGUUUAGUCAAUAAACACUCUACUUUCAAGGUGUGAAAUUAAAUAUGACCAAAAACCUUAACACUGCACAAACUAUUGAACAGAAUGUGUUUUUAUCUGCCACAGCUUUGUUUAUAUUCACAUAAAUUAAAUAUGGCAUAUACCUCAGUUAAAUUGUAUUACUGCCGCUGAUAAAGCAAACAUGUGGCAGCUGUAUGUUUGUAUGUUGGGUUUUGAUACCAUAUUCCUUUUAAAACAUUCCAGUUCUUUGCCUUUUUGUGUUCUCAUCUUGUUUUAUGAGAUGCAUUGUGUUUACGUGACUGACAGGGAUAGUUUUGAUUUUUAGAUUGUUCCAAACCUGUAUAACCAAGAAUGUUAUAAACCAAAAAUGUUUCAUUCUAUUUGAGGUUUAUGGAAUUUGACUUCUAGGGAUUUCAGUGGGUUUAGUUACCAACAUUCUUUAAAGUAUAAAAGAUAUUUGGUAACUAAACUGUUUCAAUUCUAUUGACUACCGUUGUAUAGAUCAAAAAUACAAUGGCAACCAAUCACUGGGUAUCAUUUACUCACUCUCACGUCAUUCCAAACCUGUAUAUCUUAUGUGGAACACACAAAUAGAUAUUUUGAAGAUGUUGUUAAGCAAACAGUAUUGGUUCUCAUUGACUCAUAUUGUAGUUUUGUAUUCAUACGAUGGAAGUCAAUAGAAGUCGAAACCAUUUUGUUACAAACAUUCUUUAAAAUACAUUCAGAAAGUCAUACAAGUUUAGAAUGACAUGAUAGUGGGUAAUUAAAAUUUUGGGUGGACUAUCCCUUUAAUGUGGCUAUCCCAGAUGUUUAGUUUGUAAGUGUUGACAUAUUGUGUUUACCUUGUGUGGGCUUGUGCAAUUAUGUGUUGUGAACUAAAGGACCUGAACUCCUAAAACACAUUAGUUUAUGUCUGUCCUAUUUAAAUGUGACCAUUAGAGAAUACAUUCCAUGUUGAUUUAACUGUUUACAUAUCAGUGGGUUAAUUUAUUUAGUGUAUUUCUCAUAUUUAAUAAAGAAUAUGACAUUUUAUAUAUCUGA